AUUACUUCCAGGUCAGCUUUUGACAGUUGCCAGGGCCGCCGUAAAUUCUGGCACGAAUAUUGCUUCUUUUAUGCUUAUGAUAUUAACGGUUUAAAGUCGUGUCAUCUAUUAAUAUACAGUUUAAUGUGAUCUGUAUUGAUGUUUGUAAAAAUAGCUGAACAUUAUUGUUAUUUCAGCUUCCCUGAAAGCAAAAGGAACGACAAAUUACCGGAGAGUGGAGUCGAAGAAGCGAAAGUUGAAGGGCUAUCGGUAUUUGAAUUAAAUCGGAAGCUUAUUAUUUGGCGGAUAUAUUGCAGUUAUUGAACUUUGAUUUUUUGAAAUAUCGUCUUCACUGCUUCACUGGAUGUUUAUGUUUAUCAGUUAUUCAGCUAUACUUUAUUUUUAUUAACCUCUCUGUUAAAAUAGAGUGUGAAAAGAAAAAAACAUUGAAUUUUUUUCUGACUUCAGUUGUUUCCUGAUUAAUGUGUAAUAAAGACAAUUUCAGGAUGAUGUAAUAUAGGAAACAUAUCUUAGAUAGGACAAGAACUUAAAUACUUAGUGUUUAUGUAUUCAAUGUUUAUGCCAAAAAUGCCUGAGAAAAAAGUGAACCAAAACAAACCACCUGUGUACAUACAGUCUAUGGCAGGCAGUCCGCCAAAAACAGGUAACAGCAAAAAGAGGAAGAAAGGGAAGAGGCUGAAGUUUAGAAAACAGUUUGUAUCUAUGGCUUCUAUAGUAAAGAUUGACAAUGAGAAUGAAGUAAAACUUCAGAAUAAGAGCAAUGAUACUGCUGAUCAGCCUGAGAGUAAUUGUAACAUACAGUACAUUUAUAGACCAAUAAGACAGUCACAGAGUGAACAUUCAUUAAUGUCAUUAACAAAACUGCCGCAUUUGCCAAAACCUCCGACACCCACACAAUCUUUAUCAAGUCAAUCAAGUCAGUCAUGUACACCAAGAUCUGCUGCUGGAUGCCGUCUUCCAAUUACUUUGCCCACAAACUUGCAGCCAGGUGCUCAUGAGCGACGGAAAAAACUGCCAAUAUUAGCUGCAAUAAAACCUGAGAAUGAAAAGGCAGAAAGGGACAGAUUCAUGCGGGCCAAUUACAACUACAACCCACUGUUUGUGUAUAGAUUUCCAGCUGAUUCUGAGGUGCUAGAAAGAUUGGGCAAACCGUCUGACAAAUAUUUAAAUCAGGCUAUACACAUCAUGGAAAAUGCCCUUCAGAAGUACGGCACUUAUGAAAACUUUGAAGAGCAAACAGGCGGAAAAGUUCUGCAACGUUCAAACAUUAUGGCUCUAAUCCAGAGAUAUCUGAAACGUGACGAACUGGAACGUGAAAUAAUGGUGAAUCUGUCUGAGGACCUGUUGUCUAGAGGCUCAAUGACGAGGGUUAAAGGGAAGCCUGUACUAAAUGUGAGAAUCGUAGAUCUCAGGGAAUACUGGGUAGAAGGACUGUUGCGACAUGAAAUUGGUACACAUUUCUUGAGGAGUUACAACAACAAAUUUCAAGAGUGGUGGAAUUGGAAGGUAAGGAAGGAACUGGGUAUGAAACCUGCAAACCCAACGGAGGAGGGGCUGGCUUCCCUUCAUAGUGUGUUGUUAAGAAAAGACCCAAGCCUUUGGAGAAUAGCACUCCUGUAUUAUGUCUCAUAUAAAUCAGCAUUUUUGUCAUUGAAGGAGUUAUUCAAGGAUCUAGGACAGUUUGUGAGUGACCCCUAUGUGAGAUGGGAUUACUGUAUUCGAGCAAAAAGGGGUCAAGUGGAUACUUCAACUCCAGGAGGCUUCUGUAAAGACCAGGUAUAUUUAGAAGGUGCUCUUCAAAUUCUCAAAAAUCGCAAAAACAUCGACUUUCACAUGUUGGUUCAGUUGGGGAAGAUCUCAUGGGAGGACAUCGAUAAAGUGGCUUUGAUAGGAAAUCUUGACAAUACAAAAAUUCCAUUCUUCAUGCAGGAUCUAGAGGCCUACCAUAAAUACUUAGACAAAAUCUGUGAGGCCAAUGAUUUAACAGAUGAUAUUCUGGAGGAUGUAUGAAUGGAAAGCAAGGGUUUCCUGUGCAGUGAUUCCAACAUAAAACAACCAGAGGUUUCCAACAAUGCACUGAGUUGUAUUUCAUUAAAAAGGACAAGACUGCCAUAAUUAUAUGAGCCGUGCCAUGAGAAAACCAACAUAGUGGGUAUGCGACCAGCAUGGAUCCAGACCAGCCUGCGCAUCCGCGCAGUCUGGUCAGGCUCCAUGCUGUUCGCUUUUAAAGCCUAUUGGAAUUGGAGAAACUGUUAGCGAACAGCAUGGAUCCUGACCAGACUGCGCGGAUGCGCAGGCUGGUCUGGAUCCAUGCUGGUCGCAUACCCACUAUGUUGGUUUUCUCAUGGCACGGCUCAAUUAUCCUUCUGAAUUUAAACAGAAUUUUCACAGCAUUAUUUGCAUUUUUACUCUCUCUGAAAAUCUUAUAUGGAAACAAGAUUUACAAACUAUUUCUUCCAGAAUCAGAGACAGAUAUUAAAGGACUUCAGAAGUUCUCAUAUCUUGAAUGUGAUCAUUUACAACUUUGCAUUAAGGCGUAAAAAAAAAAUUGUUUGUUUCCGGUAUCCCGACCUACCCUAAAUUUUUGGCCCGACCCUAAAUGUUUUGGAGAAUAUUUUUUUCAACUUUUUAACAAAAUGAUGCAAAACUGCACUUUUUAUGUGUUAAACAUGGCCAGUGAUGUUAGAAAUCAACUUACUAAUGCUCUAAAGGCAUAUCCCCCUUAUUUGUAAUCAUUUUUUGACAAAAAAAUAAUUUCCGAAAAGUCUCCCUUAAUAAAAAAAAAUUCCAAAAAAAAAAAAAAAUUUCCGACCUACCUACCCUAAUUUUUUUGAGCAUGUUACCGGAAACAAAGAAUUUUUUUUUUAGGCCUAAACAUGAACAAAAUCUUUCAACAAACUUUACAAUAUAUAUAUGUUUCAUAUUUUUGUAUGGCAGUAAAUAUUAUUGUUUUAACUUUAAUGUGAUUGUCAUUAGUCUUGAUCUGAAUGGAGAGCAAAUAGUUGCAGCCAUGUUCAUCAUACUAAAAUUCCUUGUUAGGAGUGGAAUUCCAAAACUACUUGAGCUGUGUCAUGAGAAAACCAACAUAGUGCAUUUGUGACCGGCAUGGAUCCAGACCAGCUUGCGCAUCAGCACAGUCUGGUCAGGAUCCAUGCUGUUUGCUAACAGUUUCUCUAAUUGCAAUAGGCUUUAAAAGCGAAAAGCAUGGAUCCUGACCAGACUGCAUGGAUGCACAGGCUGUUCCGGAUCCAUGCUGGUCACAAAGCCACUAUGUUGGUUUUCUCAAGGCGCGGCUUGCAUAUUAAAUAAGAGAUUUCAAUGUGAAUAUAGAUAUGUUGCGAUGAGAGGAAGUUCAGAGAAUGAUUGCAAGACUGUCUUAUGUUCAAUAGCUUUCAAAUCAUUUCACUUUAUAUAAACCAAGGAAAUGGAAUGUAUCGGGGGGACAGUUCCUGUGGCAGGAGGACAGGAUACAAAACCACUGUCCGCAGUCUGAUUUGGACCAACUGUUUAUGGGCAUAGCCUGCCUGCUUAGCUCAGAAGGAACAGCACAGAUCUAAGGAUCGCGGGGUCACGAGUUUAAUCCCCGUGUGAGGCAUAUGUUCUUGUGAGGAUUUAAUAGAAGACAUUGUGUCUAAAACCAUUCGUCCUUCACCUCUGAUUCAAGUGGGGAAGGUUGGCAGUUACUUGCAAAGAACAGGUUUGUACUGGUACAGAUUGAAUCCAGGAACACUGGUUACAUUAACUGCUCACCGUAACGUACCUGAAAUACUGUUGAAAAACGGUGUUAAUCCCAAAACAAAUAAACAAGUGUUUAUGGGCAUAAUAUCUCAUGCAAGUUCGAUAUGUUAAUUGGAUCCUUCAAUUUUCAUAGGAGCUACAACGUAUGGCUUUUGAAUGAAAAUUACAAUGACAGAAUGAGUCAACUCUCUAACAGAUCACCUGACUUGGUUACAGUGUUUACCCACCAGUAACCUGCUGAAUCCUCUUAAGUCUCUGAAGUUAAGGCCCUUGGAUUUCUUAAAAUUGCAAAAAUUGAAUUAGUUAAUGUUCAGAAAAAUGCUGUGACAGGCAUUAUGACAGUUUAGCACACUUAUUAACCAUUUAAAAAAAAAAGGUAAUUAGAUUGGGAAAUGUCAUAGUCGAGGAAGUGGCGUCAACAUGUGUUUUCUGCUCAAUAACUUCAGGAAGGUCACUGUAACCCAUUUUAAUGAAACUCAAAGGUUGGUAUAUAGGUAGUUUGCACAGCAAUUUGGAUUGCAUAUGACAUCACUAGGUUUAAGGUCAAGGCCACCAAGCUAAAAAUAGAAGAAAUGAUUUCUACUCAUUAACUCUAGUUUGUGUUCAUGUAUUGACAUUAAACUUGGUCUAUAGGUAGCAUAUAGAAAAACCAAGGUUGCAGUUGUAUAUGGGGUCAGUGGAAUAAUUCAAGGACAGCAUAACUUAAUUAAUCUGCAUACUUAGAAAAUUCCACCAUGGAGUAGUGGUCUGGAGCUACCUUUUUUGUUGUGGAACGGAUGGGUCACGGUUCGAAUCCAACUGCAUGCCCGACUUGUUUUCCUUGUAUGAAAAAAAAUUAUUUUAAUGCCAUAGUGGGUCAAGGUCACAGUUACUAAAAACAGAUUUUUUCCCGAUUGUCGUCAUCAAAAAGGUGGUUUAUGAUUUUAGUUUGGAUUUACCUACUGUCACCGAACUUGGUGUACAGCAAGGUUAACUGAAAAAUUAGCUUUGGAUGAUAUUUUGGGUCAUUAUUACUAAAAAUAGACAAAUAGAUCUUUAGUUUGGGUACACCUAUUGCCAUAGGGUCAAGUCAGGAAUUACAAAUGGCAAUGUCAAAUCUGAGUUAGUUAUUUCCUGUACUUCUGAACAGCAUGUCUGAAUGCUGUCAAAAAUGUUUAACAAACCAGAGUCUGUUGGCAUGAUGCAAAGUUUGAAAACCUGGUUUUCGUGGAAUUUCCACAUUUGUUGUUGUUCUUAUUUUUUUUUAGAAGAUUGUCUGGAUAACAACGCAAAAACUGCAAGAGAAUUUACAGAAACAUGUCGCAAUAGGAGAUAGUGCAGAAACAAAACUGUUCGAAAUAUUUUUUUAUUUUUAUUGUCUUCUUGUUUGUGCAUUAUUUUGCUAACUUUUUAAUUGAAAACACAUUUUCAGGUACUGACAGGAAUUUAAAGAAAUUUUUCAUAAUAAGUAAUGAGAAGAAGGGCAAAGGGUAAGAACUUUAAAAUAUUUCAUCUUUGAUAAGUUUUCAAUUACCGGUAUCUUCCUUUUUGUACCUUAGAUUUUAUAAUUUUUGCGCCAUCAAUAACUUUUUAACUAUUAAAAGGGAAUUGAAAGAAAUGUUGGCAAUGAAAUGGGCACAAGGACUGUAACUCUUGUCUUGAUUAAUUUGGUACCAAGUUACAAAAUGUUGAAGUAAAUUUAAGGAAAUAUUACACACUGAUGGAUAGUAAGAAGAGGAAGGGCAGGAACACCAGGAACUAUUGCCAAGUUGUUGAACAUUUGCACUUGUUUAAGUAAAUAUAGUUCCUGUUAGAAAUGGCUUGAAAUUGAUGCAUUUAAGUUUUUAUGACCAAAGACAUUAAAUGGUAUUUUUGAUAAACAAUGUACUUUU